AUGGCCCUCCCCAGGAUGCUACACAUCACAGCUCUGGUCCUGAUGCAAGGGGAUUUUCCAGGAGCUGGCAGUGAAACAGUAACUCUGAAGGAAGGAGAAGACCUCAACCUCCCUUGCAGCCUCAGCAGUGGGGAGAGUUCUGCCCAGCAGUGGUUAAACCCUCGUGGUUUUGCCAUUUUCCUGAACACCCAGAGGGCUUUAAGGGAUCCGAGGUACAAACUUGUCCACUAUUCAAAGGCUGAAUUAUCCAUCCAACUGUCCAACAUAACAGUGCACGAUGAAGGGGUUUAUCAGUGCUUCCACUAUGGCAUCCCAUUCAAAAGCAAGAACAAGACUGUUGAGGUAUUAGCUGCUCCUUCUUAUCCAGUACUGGAAGUAUCCCAAAACUCAGAAAGAAAUAUUACACUGUCUUGCUAUACCCAAGGAUGUAAACCACAACCCCAGGUUACCUGGCUUUUGGACAACGGGAUAGAGCUCCCUGGUGACACAAAGCACAAGUUAGAAGCUGAUGGGAAGAAAUGGACCACAACCAGCACACUGACAGUCCUGGCCUAUGGGCCCAACUCCACAGCCAGCUGCAUCAUCCAGCACCGAGCACUGGGAGGAGAGAAGCUGAUAUCAUCUUAUGGGUUUGAGGACCUCCCUAGGAUGGUGCCAAAACCAAAUCCUUUACCAACUGCUCUAGAGGUGGAUACACAGGUUUCUGGGAACAAGCAAUCUCCAGGAUCUGAACACCCAGCUCUCCCUUCUGCACUACCAGAGGAUUCAGUAGUUGCCAGCUCAGCAUCAAUGCCAACCCAGCAAAAUCUCCAACCAGAUGUCACAGCUACUUGGACUCAAACAGCAUCCAGAGGCAAUGUCACAGCAGAGGAACUCUCCAGGACAGAAGCUCCAUUACCAAAGGAAAAUAUAACUGUGAUUUCCAUCAUCACCUGUGAGCAAGAUCUGAAAUCUGAAGGCACCAAAAAGAAGACUAAUCUCCUGCUGCCAAGCUUGGUGGCUGCUCUGCUUUUUGUGCUGCUCAUCAUUGUCUUGCUUUUCAUGAGGAAGCUGAAAAAAGCUCAUGGAGUGUGGAAGAGAGAAAAUGAUGUUUCAGAGCAAACACUGGAGAGUCAUAAAUCCAAACCUAAUGAAGACAGUCUGUACCAUGAGAAGAAUGAACAAGUUGUCAGUCAGAAGCCCAACAUGCAAUGUGUAACAGAAGGCUACGUGGAAACACCACCAAAGAGUCCAAGAGGCAAAACCACUGCAGUAAGAGAGAAAGUGUUUGGAUGUGGAAAGGAAACAGAUGUGUAG